UCAAAUGGAACAUUAUGAACAAGUCCAAUAUUAAAAUAGGAAAACCAGCACCUUCUUUGCUUGUUCUCUAAUUCAAAAAUCAACAUAGAAGAUCCGGGAGAUUCUUGACGAAAUCUGUCGGAUCUUGCUUUCCAAACUGUCAGAUUUCUUUGAGGAUUUCCUUCACUCUGACCCCAACCCCAUCCUCCCUCAUGGUCAUGGGUUCCCAUUUAAAAGUCUCACACCCUUUGUUCUUUUCUUCCAUCUCAUUCUCAUUGUGCUUUUCUUCUUCUUCUUAUAUUUCACCUCCUCCUUGUGUUUCUUCUCAUUGGGUUCUUCUUGCUUUUGAUAUAACUCAAGAAAAACAAUCAUGGGUAUGGCUGCAGAGGCUCAGUACCAUGUUCUGGCUGUUGAUGAUAGCCUUCUUGACAGAAAGUUGAUUGAAAGGCUCCUAAAAACCUCUUCUUAUCAUGUUACUGCAGUGGAUUCUGGUAGCAAGGCUUUAGAGUUUCUGGGCUUGCUUGAAGAUGAUGAUGCACUUGCUCCCUCUGUUUCUCUAAAUGAUCAUCACCAGGAUGUAGAUGUAAAUUUGAUCAUUACAGAUUACUGUAUGCCGGGAAUGACAGGCUAUGAUCUCCUUAGAAAGAUCAAGGAAUCUAAAUCUCUUAAAGAUAUACCAGUAGUGAUCAUGUCCUCUGAGAACAUCCCAUCAAGGAUUAACAGAUGCUUGGAAGAAGGAGCAGAAGAGUUCUUUUUGAAACCAGUUCAAUUAUCUGAUGUGAAUAAGCUCAAACCCCAUUUGUUGAAGGGAAGAGACAAGGAAUCAGAGCCCAGCAUCAACAAGAGAAAGGGCAUGGAAGAAUGCUAUUCACAUGACAAAACAAGAACAAAAUAUGAUGGCUUGGAAGUGGUCUAAACUCUAACCAGCACUUUGAUGAUAUAUGGAGCUUUAGAGAGUAGGAAAUUUGUGGGGAAAUUCCCCUAUCUUUUACUCAUUUUCGUAAUUAAUUUUAAGCUUUUGAAACUCACAGGCUUGAUAGAAAUAUUGAUUCAUUAGAGAGAAGAAAGACUACAUUUUCCAUCUUUAGGAUCCAUCCCCCCAUGUUGUGCUUUGGGGUCUAUUGUAAAUUAACACAAAUAGUUCAAUUUUGUUGACUGAUUUUACAGAAUAUUAAACUCUUUUCUAUAUC